AUGGGUGUGUUCACGUUCAGUGAUGAGUUCACUUCCCCCAUUCCUGCAGCGAGAUUGUUUAAGGCCUUGAUUGUGGACUCUCAGAACCUCAUCCCCAAGCUCAUGCCUCAAGUUAUCAAGAGCAUUGACGUCGUCCAAGGCGAUGGAGGAGCUGGAAGCAUCAGGCAAAUCAAUUUCGCUGAAGGUAGCCAACUCAGCUGCAUGAAGAACCGAGUAGACGAGCUGAAUGAAGAGACAUUCACAUAUAAGUAUGCACUGAUCGAAGGUGGUCCAUUGAUGGAGAAGUUUGAAUCUAUUGCUUACGAAGUUAAGUUUGAACCCACGCCGGACGGCGGGAGCAAGAACAAGAUGACCAGCACCUACUGUACCAGGGGUGAUUUUGAGCUCAGAGAAGAAGAAGUCAAAGCCGGCAAAGAGAGAGCCUUAGGAAUGUACAAAGCCGUCGAAGCAUACCUCAUCCAAAAUCCCGAUGCUUAUGUUUGA